AUGACUGUCUCAAAGAAAACUGUAAUUCUCAUCACCGGUGCCAACCGAGGCAUUGGAUUUCAACUUACCAAAGAGUUUCUCUCGAGAGACAACACAGUGCUCAUCGCUGCUGUGCGCAAUCCCGACAAUACUUCGUCUACCAAGCCCUUACUGGAGCUCCCUCAUGGAACCGAGAGCUCGCUCAUCAUCAUCAAGAUUGACAGUCUUGACACCCCCAGCGCCGCCUCGGGCAUCGCAAGUAUCUCUAACCAAAUCGACCACCUCGAUCUCGUCAUUGCAAACGCCGGAAUUCUCAAUCAAUUCGGCCCUGUCUCGGAGAUGUCCCCAGAUGAAAUUUUCGCCCACGUUGCCGUCAAUACAGUCGCUCCCAUUGCGCUUCUGCAAGCCUCCAAGCCGCUUCUACAGAAUGCGACCCAUCCUAGAUUUGUCGUCAUUUCGAGUUCGAUCGGAAGUAUCGCCGAAGUAGAGGCCCACCCUGCGCAACUCGGAGCAUACGGAGCCAGCAAAGCCGCAAUCAACUACCUGAUGCGCAAAGUCCAUUUUGAGGAGACGUGGCUUACGUCCAUGGUCAUCUGUCCUGGCUGGACUCAGACAGAUAUGGGAAAUACAGGAGCACAGAUUAUGAAGUUUGGCGACAAGGCCCCGGUGCCAUUGGACGUCUCUGUAGAGGGUGUUCUUCAGGAGAUUGAUGGUAUCACAAGGACUGAGGGUGGGAAAUUCGCUUCGUUCGAUCACAACGAUCACAAGUGGUAA